CUAUCACAAGUAGGCAACACCUCACAUACCAAACACACCACCCCAAACACAAAGAACAAGUCUCCCUUAACCAAUCAAAUACUCCAACAACAUCCACUUCUAAAACUACUAUCUUCUAGUUUUCCGGCAAUGUCUUCACCUCAAAACAACCUUUUUCUCAUUUUCUCUCUCCUCUCUCUCACCUCUUCCCUCUCAAUCUCGCCGGAAAACCACCUUCUCCUACCAGCAACCGUAAACUCCGACAAGAUACAACUCUUCUGCGAAAGUUGGCGGUUUUCUGUCGAAACUAACGACGCCGGAUUAUGGUAUUCUGUUCCUUCUCGUUGUCAUAACUUCGUUAAAAACUAUAUGAUCGGUGAUCGAUAUUUGUCGGACUCUAAUGUUGUCGCCGGAAAUUCGUUAGAAUUCGCAAAAUCAGUUAAAGUUUCCGGCGAUGGAAAAGAUGCUUGGGUUUUUGAUGUGAUAUUUUUUAAUUUACCUUAUUGAAUUAUGCAUGAUUUUGGAUCAGAGGUCUUUAACGAAGAUUCAUUUGAUCAGUAUAUGCUGCUUGCUGAGUCACCUGUUUUACCAGCAAGUUUGAGUCUGUACAAGGAGCUUCAACGGCUCGGGUUCACAAUAUUCAUCUUGACAGGCAGGAGUGAACCAUUUAGGAACGCCACUGAGGCAAAUCUACAGUCUGCAGGGUACAGUAACUGGGAAAGAUUGAUCUUAAGAGGACCUUCUGAUAAAAGCAAAAAGGCUGUUGAGUACAAAUCCGAGAAGAGAAAGGAGCUAGAAGAUGCGGGUUACAGGAUCCGCGGCAACUCAGGAGAUCAAUGGAGUGACUUGCUGGGUUAUGCCAUUGGCCAGAGAUCAUUUAAACUCCCUAAUCCAAUGUAUUAUAUUGCAUGAUACUUUCUUUAUCAUUGCAUCUCUCCCUAAUGCUGCUGCAUUCUGUGUGUACCGUUCAAAAAUUGAUUGAUUGAUUGUAAUAUACUCUUUUUAUGUGAAUUACAUCCCCUCAAAAAGAAACUGUGAGUUA